AAACAAGACAAGUGAAGGCUCACACUGUGGUUAGAUUGUGUUGUGUGUAGUAAAGAAGGAAUCUAUCUUCGCUGGGUCUCCACAGCAGUGUUUCAUCAUGAUGGUUCUCUAUGGAGCGGCUCUCCUGGCGGUGCUGGUAGAGUGUGGGCAGACAGCUCCCACCCCCGAGGAAUGUGAGGAUUUGGUGAAGCCCCUUGAGGAAUCAGAGUUCUACAAGAUCUCUGGAAGAUGGAUCCUCCUUGAGGCCUAUUGUGAUUAUAAGACUGCCGGAGAGACACUGCUGGAAACCAACAGUACCUGGUCAGACUUUCUCCCUGCAGCAGACAACAAGACCUUCAUCCUGCAACAGGGCAUCAUGCAUGAGGAGACGUGUGUCUUUUAUUCCGUGAACAUGACUGUGGUCAACAACACUCUCGUUGCGAACAAUGGGAAUGACACCAACAUAGCAAGCUUCCUGCAAACCUGCCCCGAGUGCCUCAUUAUACAUGACAACGUCACAUCCAGAGGGAAACUUGUCCAGUAUCUUCUUGUUUAUGGAAACACUAGCAAACUGCCUGAUCCUGUGCUGGAGACAAUUAGGAAGCAAGCAGAGUGCCUCAAGUUCCAGCAGCCUCCACAGUUCACCUAUGAUGGAGUUGCAGAAUUGUGUACUCAGAAGACAGAGGACAAGGACAGAAUGGACAAGUGAAAAGUUUGAUCAUUGUUCAAUAAACGAUACUGGCUGAAAUGACUAUUAUCCUCGAAU